GUGGGCGUGGCUAGCAGGAUGGCUGUGGGCAGGGUCCGAGACUGCACGUGACUGGUGACGCGACUGGGGGAAGAAGUGACAGGGGUGACUGCUCUGAAGGAGGAGAGGAGAGUAGUAGGGCUGCGGGCAGGUCGGAGCGGUGCUGCUGAGAUGGCGAAUCAUCUGAAAUUUAUCGCUCGCACUGUGAUGGUACCAAAUGGAAAUGUGGACAUGGCUUACAAGAUGCUGAACAGGAUUCUAACUGUGGAUGGCAUCAUAGACGAAGCAAGGCGAAGGCGAUAUUACGAGAAGCCUUGUAAUAAGAGAAGGAGAGAAAAUUACGAGAACUGUCGCCGGAUCUAUAAUUCAGAGAUGGCACGCAAGGUCUCCUUCCUCAUGAGGAAAAAUCGGCAGGAUCCUUGGCCUGGGUGUUAAGAUGAGGCCAUGUUAUGGACCAUUAAAUUCAGUGACCCUGAAGGACAAUACUGUUUAUAUUAUUGUUUUCUAUAAAGUGAUGUUACUGACACUGAACGCAACAUUGUUAUUAAUAUUAUCAAAGAUAAUGGUGCUGAAUACUUAUUUAUCAAAAUCCGAAUUUUUCUGAUAUGUUUAAAAUAAAAAAGUCCAACCAAACUAGAAUCCAAGA